AUGGCUGCUUCGACCUCUAGACAAAAUAAUGACACUGCUAACUCUAGUGACAGUGAAUCAGACAUAAGUGAGGACAGCGACUAUGACCUGAGUGGAGAUGAAAGUGACAAUUUGGAUGAAGAUAAUGACCAUCUCAACCCUUCGUGGUCUCCCUUUACACAAGGACUUCGCCGUAUACCAUUUACAGCAGAAAAUAGGUUCAAAGUACCAGUACCUGGUAACAACAAGCCAAUAGAUUGGUUUACUCUGGUACUUGAUGAUAUUUUCCUAGAGAAUAUUGUUCGAGAAUCGAACAUAUAUGCAUUUGAAGUGUAUGGUAAGCCAAAUCUUGGAGAACACUCAAGAAUAAACAAAUGGCAAGAUUUGACUGUUCCAGAAUUAAAGGUAUUUAUAGGUUUACUACUGCAUAUGGGAACCAUCAGAUUGAACCGUUACCAGGACUACUGGAAGACAUCCAGAUUAUUUGAUAUUAAAUGUUUCAGAGAUCAAAUGAGCAGAGAUAGAUUUUUGCUCAUUCUUAGAUGUCUGCAUUUCUCAAGAAAUGUAGAAGGAGAGGGCAAAGAUGACAGAUUGAAAAAAAUUAGCAUGUUGGUUAGCUAUUUCAAUCAAAAAAUGGACGAUUUAUAUUAUCCAUGCAGGGAACUUUCCCUUGAUGAGGGUAUGGUGCUGUGGAGAGGGCGUUUGCUCUUUCGACAGUAUAUCAAGGGGAAGCGCCACAAAUAUGGCGUAAAGUUGUACUCCCUUUGUGAGCCUCAGGGCCUUGUGAUUAGGUUUGCAGUGUAUUCUGGUGGUGAAGGUGAGUUAGGGGGCAAAGGCCACGCCUCUAAGGUGGUUAUGCACCUAAUGAGAGGGAAACUUGGUGUAGGCCAUUCCUUAUAUAUGGAUAACUACUAUAAUAGUGUUGCUCUUGCCUCCAAGUUGUUAGCAAAUAAAACAUACUGUACUGGCACCCUCAGACUCGACAGGAAGCAUGUUCCAGCUGACGUCAAGACAGCUAAGCUGCAGGUGGGGGAGACAAUACAAAGAUACGCUGAAGGAGUCAUGGUGGCCAAAUGGAGGGACAAGCGGAUAGUGUCAUAUCUAUCUACUGAACAUGAAAACAACAUUGUGCAAAUAUCUAAUCGACGUAAUGUGCAACGAGAAAAGCCCAUGGCUAUUGUCCAGUACAAUGCCAACAUGAAGGGGGUAGAUAGGAGUGACCAAAUGCUCGCCUACUACCCCAGUGACCAUAAAUGUGUACGUUGGUACAAGAAGAUUUUCAUACAUCUUCUACAAAUGAUAAUGGUAAAUGCCCACAAGUUGUACAAUGUUGCAAAUGACACCAAUACUAUGCAACUGUAUGAUUUUCGCUUACAGGUUAUUGAUGCUCUGUUACCUCCCAAACAACAAGCUCCUCCAGUGCGGCCUCCACGCAACCCGCUGCACGUUCUUUCAAAGACCACUGCGCUUGACAAGAAAGGACGACUUCUAGGAAAAAGAUGCCGUCAGUGUCUAAAGGAAGGAAGGCGCAAAGAAACUGUGUACAUGUGUGCGCAAUGCCCUGGCGAACCGCCACUGUGUGCGUUGGGUUGCUACGACAAGUACCAUGCGCAGCUUCAAGAAUAA